AUGGCUUUGCUGGAAAGUCAGAGAAGAGGUGGGGUCUUUUCAGGUCCCAGUAGUUUAAAUGGAGAUGAAGAAGAGGAGGAAGAUUCACCAAAGAUUUUAAUGAGUGUCCUGGCACAGCAUGGACAGGUGGGCCUCUGUUUCUAUGACAGCAAAGAUUCCACUUUGCACUACAUGGCAGACACUCCUGAUAACCAGCAACUCCACCUGCUGGGUAGAGUGAUCCGGGAAAUUAGUCCACAAAUAAUCAUAACCAGUGCUAAGCAGGAGCGAAGCAUGACUCACUUUCUACAGCAACUGGGUUCAAACCCAGACUACACACCAGAAGUGGUGACGUAUCCAUAUGUUGACUUUGGUUUGGAGGUUGGUAAGCAGAGGUUACUUUCUGCCCGCCUGCCCUUCCUGCCUGCCUCAAUUUCAGAGAGAGAGAAAAUGUCCUACCUCUCCUCCUGUAUUUCUUUUGACUCACCGUUGAUGCUGAGGGCAGUGGGUGCUCUGAUAAAAUGUCUUGACAGGAGGAGAGUGGGAGUCGAGCUGGAAGACAGCACUGUUGGAGUUCCCAUCAUGCAGUUCCACGCCUACACACUUAAAGGAGUGGUGUUCAUUGACAAAGACACAUACAGUGUCCUGCAGAUCUUCAAGUCAGAGCUUCACCCUUCAGUGUAUAAAUUACAUUCAGGUGAAAAGGAAGGGCUCAGUCUCUACGGGAUAUUAAAUCGCUGCAGGUGUAAGUUUGGAGCCAAACUCUUACGCCAGUGGUUUCUACGGCCAACGCAGGACCUGGCUAUUUUACACAGGCGCCAGGACGUGAUCCGUUUCUUCACAUCACCUCAGAACUCUGACUCUGUGAGAACACUGCAGUCUUCUCUACGCAAUAUCAGAAACAUCCCAACUCUUCUACGCAGAAUGUCUCUCUCACACACCAAAGUGACCGACUGGCAGAGUCUGUACAAGACGGUGUAUAGUGCCGUGUGCAUCAGAGACACAGUGCGUCACCUGCCUCAGUCCAUUCAGCUCUUUCGUGAUAUCAGUGAAGCGUUCUCAGACGACCUCCACUAUAUUGCUUCACUCAUCAGUCGAGUUGUGGACUUUGAAAGCAGUAUAGUGGAGAACCGCUUCACAAUCAAACCGAAUGUGGAUCCUGCAAUCGAUGAGAAGAAAAGGAGGAUGAUGGGAUUGUCUGACUUCCUGACAGACAUAGCCAGAACAGAGCUGGAACAUCUUGACUCUCGUAUCCCUUCCUGCUGUGUCAUCUACAUCCCUCUGAUUGGAUUCCUGCUUUCUGUCCCUCGGCUGCCCAGUAUGUUGGAGAAAGAAGAUUUUGAGAUAGAGGGUCUUGAAUUUAUGUUUCUGUCUGAAGAUCGUCUCCACUACCGUAGUAAAAGAACUAAGGAGCUGGAUGACCUCUUGGGUGACCUGCACUGUGACAUUAGAGACAUGCAGUCAGCAGUUAUGACAGAGCUGCAGAACACAGUCCUUGAGAGGAGCUCCUGCCUCUACAAGGUUCUGGAGCUUGCUGCUGAACUGGAUUGUCUGAUGGCCAUGAGCAGCGCUUCCCAGGAAUAUGGCUACACAAUGCCGAAGCUCACCAACCACAGGAACAUAGCAUUUAUACAGGGCAGACAUCCACUGUUGGAGCUGUGCUCUCCCAUUUGUGUAGCCAACUCUUUCCAGAGCUCCGAGUCACAGCAAAGAGUCAAGAUCAUCACCGGGCCCAACUCAUCUGGCAAAAGCAUCUUUCUAAAACAGGUGGGAUUAAUUGUUUUCAUGGCUCUGAUUGGCUCUGACGUGCCAGCGAAGGAAGCAGAGAUCGGUCUGGUGGAUGGAAUUUUCACACGUAUGCAAAGCAGAGAGUCUGUGUCUGUUGGCCUCAGCACCUUCAUGAUCGACCUCAACCAGAUGGCCCAGGCUCUCAACAGCAGUACUGGCAACUCCCUUGUCCUCAUUGACGAAUUUGGAAAAGGAACAAACACAGUGGAUGGACUGUCCUUGCAGGCUGCAUCAAUCUCUCAUUGGCUGAGAAAAGCUCCGUCGGAGGUUCCUCAUGUGCUGUUGGCUACUAACUUCCACAGGCUGCUGCAGCUGGAUGUGUUGCCCUCCUCUGACCUGCUGUCUUUCCUGACUCUGGAGACAGCAGUGGACGGGGAUGAGUUGGUGUUUCUGUACCAACUGAAGGAGGGGAUCUGCCAGUCCAGCUAUGCUGCCAGCAUCGCCACAUUGGCAGGCCUCCCGGCAGACCUUGUGCACAGAGCUUUGGAGGUGUCAGAACUGUACAGAACAGGAAGGCCGAUCAAACGCAUCGACAAAGAGUCAUCAGACGAGCAGGCAGACAGAUGUAGAUGUGUAGUGGAGAAGUUCUUGAACCUGGACCUGGAGAACAAGGAUGUGGAUCUGCAGCACUUCAUGAAGGAACAACUCCUGCCCUCUGCUGGGGAGCUGCUAAAUCACAGCUGAGCGUACAAUGCAGCAGCUGUUUUCA